AUGUUGGCACUUCCAGGACGUGGCGGUCGGUCCUAUCGUCGCGACUACCAGCAACCAUCGGACACUUCUGUGGAGAACCAAAAAGAGGCGCAGAGCGAUUCUGUGUGGAGCAAUACCUUGAUCUCCAGUGGAACUGGAUGCAAGUGGGCAGACCAAGAAGCAGGAGAGGAGGUUUGGUCAAGUCCACCGGCGCAGGAGACCACCCUUAGCAACCUCGAGGGCCGCAUCGAUUCUAUGUCCCAGGAAUUCAUAGACAAUCUGCGCAAGCUUGGCGAGAAAGGGAAUGAAAAGUUCGACCUCAUUUUCUCCAUCCUCACCGAGUUGCAGAAUCGACAGGCUCAGCUUGAGGAGACUGUACGGGUGCUGCAAAGCCAGGUGAACGCGACCAAUUAUGCGAACUGCACAGGAGGCAACUCUCCAACAUCCAUGGAGGGCAACAUGAAUGUCAGUAGCAGUCCGGCAAAUGGAGCUCAAGGCAAUGGAACAUCAUGCGCCAACAGCAACAUGGGUCAAAUGAACAACGUCAUGGUGGUUUGCCAUCCAAACGGAAUGAUGCAGCAAGUGCCGCAGAUGAUGUACGCAAUCCCCAACAUGAUGACGCCAAUGACCUUCAUGGGAUCAGGAUCUGAAAUGUCCAGUCCCAGUGGCACGAGUGGCUUUGUCUCCACUGGGCAGGAGAGCGGACGUGUGAGCCCUGAAGCGCAAAAGCCGUCCUCCGAAGCAAGUCAGGACUUCACUGAGAACUUCAUUGCAUUUCACUUCAGGAGAAAUCUACAGAGGCGCAACUUUGGAUCUUCAGCAUAUUUGAGACUGGUAAGUGUGCGAAGCUCUAGUUAUGCAGAAAUGAACUUGACAUUUGCAGUGCAGGAGCGAUGGAAUCAAGAUUUGACUGCCAUUGAAGAGAGCAUCCGGCUGAUGUUGGGCAACCGUUUGCAGGAAGCGGAGGACCUUUUGGCAGCUUCGUCGGAGGCAGUGGCGAAGCGGGACUUCCGUUUUGAUGCUGGAGACCAUGACAUGCGAGGCUGCUUCACAUUUGUAAGUGCCUUGAUGAGCUUGAUCAAUGGUCUGGCCUCCCUGGAGAACAACCAGUUGGACAUUGUACUUGAACGAGUACAUCGUGCAGAUGAGGAACUUCAGCUGGAUGGUAACUGGCCCGGCCGAACUGUUCUGCGAGGAUUGUGCAAUCUAGUGGCCGGUGUAGUAGAGAUUAUGCAGGGCAUGCCCUCAAAGGGCGUGUGGCAUGUAUUACGCUCUUGGUUUUGGCUGCGCAAUCUGGAAUCUGAGGCCAUGAUGUUUGAUGGCCACGAGCGUGGCUGCGUGCGCUCCACUGCACUACUGGCACUGGGAGUCUUCAACCUGUUUGUGUCCAUGCUGCCUCCAACAGCCAUGAAGGCUGCUGGUUGGGCCACAGGCUUCCAUGGUGGCCGGGACGUUGCGCUUUCUCAGCUGCGAUCGUGCUGGGAAGAAGGCGGCAUCCAGGCACCCUUUGCUGGGAUGGUUCUGAUCGGCUUCUGCGUUGAUGUCAGCAGCUUUUUGGGAGAGUUUCGGGCCGAGCGUGACGAUCGUUUGCAUACGGCCAAAGAGAUCUUGGACUGGGCGAAUCAACAAUACCCUGGAGCCUUCUUCUUCGCUGGUCUAGAAGCUGGUUACCUUGCUGCUAUGCGUGACUUGGAAGGUGCCUUGGCAAAGCUCGACCAGAUCAAAGUAUCGGUGGAGAACUUGCCGGCGUUCCUCUUCCUUGUGAAUGUGAGACGAGCAACGUUUCUUCUUGCCCUUUUUCAGUGGCAAGCUGCAGGGGAUGCCUUUGCGGAUGCUGUGAAGGUCUACCAAAGUGUUGGCAGGCGUGCAUUGUGUCCUUCACUGUCACUAAACUCACACCUUUGCUAUAGCCGGGCUGGUUUGGAGGAGCGAGCUGCUGAAAUGCUGGAAACUUGCCGCUCUUACAACAAGGAGAAGAAGAAGUGGUCUCCGUUGGAUCGAGCGUCCUUACGCCAAGCGGAAGCAGCUCAUCGCGCCAACGAGGCGAAGGCAGAGGAAGCUCAGGAAGGAGAAGGUUCCAAAGGAGAGGAGGAAAAAGGUCAGGAGGCUUCUGCCAUGGAGAGCACAUGGCGGUCAGUGCUGAUGUUGUACCUCAAGAUCUGCUUGGUCUAUCGUGGAGUGAACUUCAUGAAACCCGAUGCGGGAAAGGAAUUUCUCCAGAUGGUACAGGAAGAAACCGACUUGCAGCAAGAUGCAGAUGGAAGAUGCGUCGGUCUUUGUAUCCAAGCAGAGGCGAUGAGGCAAGGAGAGCACUGGGAAGAGGCUUUGAAGCUCGCCUCUGAUGGUUGCGCGCUGCAAUCAGAGCUAAGUCCCCAUGGUGUAAAGACUGGUGCCCUCCACUUCUGUUACCUAGUUCUGGCGUAUGCGAACUUCGCACGAGGCCGUCCUCAUGCAGCACAGGAGGCUUUGGCUAAGUUAUCAUCGAUUGGAGUCAGCGACCACUUUUUCCAAAAACAAGUGGAGUUCAAGGCAACUCACCUUCGCAGGCUUGUGGGUGCAGAAUUCGAAGAAUACUACCGAGAGAUCUCGGUUGCAGCCAGAAGCCAAACAAAACUGGUGGUAGAGCUGCCUGAAGGCACAUCUGCUCAGUGGGAUUUCGUUCUCUCCGCUUACACCAUUGAUUUCGCAGCAAUUUUCAUUCCCGACUCAGGCUGA